UGUGAGCUUUUCUAUAUGAAGUAAUUUACAUACCUGUUGGAAAAUUUCGUAAGUGAAUUCUGCGCCCUUGUCUGUAGCGAUAGUACUCGGAAUACCGUAACGUAAAAUGAAAUUACUUACAAAUACCUCCGCAACUUCCUUGGCUGAUUUUGUAAUAAGCGGAGUAAAUGCCAGUUAUAUCAAGAGAAUCAGCAUACGACAUUAUAUCUGAUACAGUAAUCCUGAACAAACCCAGUUUACUGAUUUGAAAAAUCACGGUGAUCAGAAGUGGUUGUGUGUACCGAAAGUAAAUGGACAAAAUGACAACGUGUAACUUAUGACGUAAUCAUCUCUGAAGUCUUCCCCCGCCCAAGACUGAGCCUGUGAUAGCGCCGACCGACAAUAAUAGUUGCCAGUAUAUGGAUACACGUUGUAUAACUACACUUCUGUAAAUCUCGGUGGUCGAUGCCCGGUAGGACGGCGAACGGGCCCACCGUCAUGUCGGCCCCGGCGCGACACCCCCACUUCUACACCGUCGAGGUCGGCGACACUAGGUUCACCAUCCUCAAACGCUACCAGAACCUGAAACCUAUCGGCUCGGGAGCGCAGGGAAUCGUUUGCGCCGCAUACGACACAGUGACGCAGCAGAAUGUGGCGAUCAAGAAGCUGUCGCGCCCCUUCCAGAACGUGACGCACGCCAAGCGCGCCUACCGGGAGUUCAAGCUCAUGAAACUCGUUAACCAUAAAAAUAUAAUUGGCCUCCUAAAUGCCUUCACACCCCAGAAGAGCCUGGAGGAGUUCCAGGACGUGUACCUGGUGAUGGAGCUGAUGGACGCCAACCUCUGCCAGGUCAUCCAGAUGGACCUGGACCACGAGCGGAUGAGCUACCUGCUUUACCAGAUGCUGUGCGGCAUCAAGCACUUGCAUCUUGCUGGUAUCAUUCACAGGGAUCUCAAGCCCUCAAACAUCGUGGUAAAGAGCGACUGCACCCUCAAGAUCUUGGACUUCGGGCUGGCGCGCACCGCCGGCACCACGUUUAUGAUGACGCCGUACGUCGUCACGCGUUACUACCGCGCACCAGAGGUGAUCUUAGGCAUGGGGUACACGGAGAACGUGGACAUCUGGUCGGUGGGGUGCAUCAUGGGCGAGAUGAUCCGCGGCGGCGUGCUGUUCCCAGGGACGGACCACAUCGACCAGUGGAACAAGAUCAUUGAGCAACUAGGCACGCCGUCAGCAGCGUUCAUGGCGCGCCUGCAGCCGACAGUGCGGAACUACGUGGAGAACCGCCCGCGCUACGCCGGCUACUCGUUCGAGAGGCUCUUCCCGGACAUCCUGUUCCCGUCCGACAGCAACGAGCACAACCGGCUCAAGGCGUCACAAGCGCGCGACCUGCUCUCGCGCAUGCUGGUCAUCGACCCCGAGCGCCGCAUCUCCGUGGACGAGGCGCUGCUGCACCCCUACAUCAACGUGUGGUACGACGAGGGGGAGGUGAACGCGCCGGCGCCGCUGGCGUACGACCACUCGGUGGACGAGCGCGAGCACACGGUGGAGCAGUGGAAGCAGCUCAUCUACCAGGAGGUGGUGGAGUACGCCGCGCCGCCCGGACACCCGCCGCCCGGACACCCGCCGCCCGACCACGCGCAGCCCGCGCUCACCACAUAGGUUUGAACAGAAUUGACCGCCGACGUAUCCACGAGUAUAGUGCAAGGACAAUUUUCUACAGGCGAUGCGGCCCUGAUCGAUUGUCGCCCGGCGGGAAAGUCAUGUGAUCGAAUAUGACCUGUUACAUACAAUAACUAACUGCAUACAUGUAUAUAUUUAUUGUGGGAAUGUUAUAUGUGCAAUACUCGACGGAAUGAAAUCAGUGCAAAGUAAUUAAAUCGAUUUGACUCGUUCAUGCUCCCGUGUACAGAGCAUGGAUGUAUCAGAGACGUCAUCAAAGAUUAAGGCAGCGUAAAGAAUAAUAAUCUGUAGACUAGUUGAGUAAGUUUAUAACCUAUUAAGUACCCGUUUGUUUGUUUUGAACCGGUUGUCAUCUUGCUAUUCCUUGUAGUUUCUUCCUGUAAUAAUCUUAUGAUAAUACUAGCGUAGGUAAGUAUUUUAUUUUACAGACAUUGUAAAUGCUUUUUAAUGUUUAAGCUCAACAAUUUUAACAUUUGUUCCUACCCGCCCGACCCUGAUUCGAAAUUCAGCCGUUAAUUUGCAUCAAGGAGUGAGUGCCUUUCGCGGAAUGCUAAAUGAAAGUUGGUGAUUUCAGCUUAUGGACUGACUUUGAUAUGUUUGGAUAUUUUUGUAUGUGAAUACAUAAAGUAAUUGAGGACAGAUGUGAUUUCCUAAUAAUAUAAAAUCAUGCAAUAUUUUUGUCUAUGAAUUUUUUUUUUUAUUUUAUAAUACUUAACAUAUUGGACUAUGAUAAUGGAAUAUAAAUAACAAUUUAAUCUAAAAGUUGAGCUUGAUCUGUGUUGUGUUUGUUUUGUAUGAUUUUAUUUGUUUUAAAUUUGUUCAUGUUGUUUACGGAGAUUCAUCACUAUUGCAAAUUGAUUACUCUAUUUCCGAAAUUUGAAUAUUAUGUAAUUCCUUGACAGCCUUAAAUGUUGCGCCAGCCGAUGUUACUUACAAAUUGCAAUAGCGGAGUAGACGUGCGAGUUCGAUUUGUAUGAUUUGUUCUUAGCCAUAAACAGCCUCGGAUGGUUACUUGGGAUUUUGUGAUGUUCAUAGUUUUUCGUAAUUAGUCCCUAGUUAAGUUGUUGAUAAUAUUGUAUUGACUGUAUUGAAAAGUAGUUCAAUAAGUACAUUUCUACCUAAGUAGUAUUUUAUAGGUCACCUCACACGUUGCGGCCGAGGACUGAAAGAAAUACGUAAAUAAUCACGCAAGCGUUUUAAAUUAUGCCAGCUGUAUGUAUCAAGCGUUAUAAUAUAGUCAAACAUGUUUUUUUAAAUAGUUCAGUGUGGCUCAACGUGUGAGGGCGUCGUAGGGUAUUGUUUGAAACCUCACUAGGUGAUAUAAUAUGAAUUAAGGAUAAUAAAGAAUGAUGAUAGUCUUAUCGGGUGGUUUCAGCGAAUAGCACAAUUUAUUAGCUAUAGAAUAAAGCUGGGCGGUAACAGAGUCGAGACGUGACGUCAGUUUGUAUAACCAUUAAUGAUACAAAAGCAAUAAUACAUUCUAAUUACUUUCGUGUUCUUCGGGCGAUCGUGCGUCAGUUACAUUAAUUAAUUUUGGCAAUUAAAACAUAUCACGAGCGACACAAAAGAUUGUUGACUAACGACGACGUAGUGAUUGCUCCGGCUUCAUUCAGUGUUACUUUACUUUGGUUCCAUGGAAUUAUAGGUUACACAAAACUAGAAGACUGUAAAUUUAUCGCGUAUGCGACAGGAAACGUAAUUAAAGUGUUGAAUAAGGUCAAUUGUGUUACCUAUAAUAAAGCAAUUAGAGCUAAGAUAUUGUCAAUACCUUCAACCCCUCCUUGCUUAGCUCUUAUACUUUCAACACAAGAAAUCUAUUUAAAAGCAAUUCAAGGAUAUUAUUUUCAAUAUGUGGACUUCCGUUAAAGAAGGGCCCUUAUGCUUGUUAAUAUAUUGUAAUGAAGCUCGAGGACCCUUUACCAAUGGAUGCAUUACAUGAAACAUAAGUAAUUCUAUGGUGGCAUUUAUGGCAAGCCACAUAGUUGGAUAGGUUUUUGACGUUGUAAGUAAAAGAAACGCUGCAGCACUGGUUAUCUCAGAUGACGAGAUUGACGAGGUACGUAAACAAUUAAAGUAUUGACAAUAUGCAAUGCAGGUUCCCAAUUCAUGAUUAUCAUAAAGCAUAAAAUAUUUGAAGUAUUUAAUAUUAAGAAUAAACCUGUAAAUAAAUAAAUAAAUCUAUAGUCUAAAUGGAACGAAAGUGAAGAACAUCUAUUUAAAGGACAUUACGUUUGUCACUAUUAUAGUUAUAAAAAAUUCACAACUGUACGUCCAAAUUGUCCAUUUAUAUGUUAAAAUGUACCUAAUACAAAUUACAAUAAUGUAAUCAUUAGAAUGUAUUUUAGUACACUUGGUAAACAAGGUUUAAGGUAGUCGCAUGUUGAACGAGCCGCGGUGGCUUGUAGCGGUAUACAUACUUGAGUUAACACUUCGAUGACUAUCUAAAACAACUUAUUUUUACUGUACACGUAAGUUAUUUCAUAUUUUAACUGAAUAAAAUCAAAAUGGUUAUUAUA